AUGAGUUUCUUCAAUAAUCCUCAGGCGCAGGUGCAGCCUGCAAAAUCUAACCUUUUCUCUCAAUCCUCAAUAUUCAACCAACCGCAGAAUCAACAAGCCCAGCAGACACAGCAGCCGAACCAGCAGCCGAGCCAGCCAGGCGGUGGGCUCUUCGCCGGUUUCAACUUCGGCAAGCCCUCCUCGCAGCCACAACCUCAAGCAAGCAUCGGACCUUUCGGUGCUUCUGCUACUCAAAGUCAGCCUCAAAAUCAAACCGGAACUGGAUUAUUUGGAGCGGGUGGGGGUGGGGUUGGAGGUUUCGGCGCAUCCAUGCAACAGCAACCGGCCCAGACUGGAGGUAUGUUUGGACUUUCUACACAGCAGCAACCGCAGACACAGCGUCCUCUAGACCAAACACUACGGUUUGGCCAAUCUCAGCAAGGGCAGUCGGCCUCUCCGUCCAUGUGGGAAGAAGGCCGAGGUUUGAAUGUGUUCAGAUCCAUCCCCGCGCAGAUGAACAUUGUCAAAAACAAAUGGGACCCACAGAACUUGUCUUCGCCAUUGCGCGGGUACCUAUACCAGCACGUUGGUAGCGAGGCGGAAGCAUUUAAAUACAGAGCCGGCCCUGAUGAAGAUGAAGACAAAUGGGAGGAGGCCGUCAAUAAACGCCCUGGGCCUGAAUGGGUCCCGCUUCUGGUAAGAGGGUUCUUUGAAUUGGGGCGCAAAGCUCAGAUUCAGAUGGAAGCCAUUCAGAGGUGUAAUAUGAUGCUCCAAGAGAUCAAUGCGUCUCUCGAUGCCCAGCUCAAUACGCAUCGUCAGAACGUGGCUGCACGGCUAGAGGAGUGCAACCGACGACAAGUUUCAGCUGCGCAAAGAACUCUAGCUUUAGCAGUCAAGGUGCAGACUCUGCGGAAUAGAGGGUAUGUGAUGGAUAAUGCGGAAGAGGAACUAAAAGCGAAGCUGGAAAACCUCCAACGUGAAGUGUUCGACCCCAGCCUGAACGCACGCGAACAAGAAAUCUGGGCUAGAAUGUUGGCUAUCAGAGAACGAACAAAGCGAAUCAAGGUGGAGAUGGAGAGGAUUGCACCAACGGCGAAUGAGGAAGACUCCACCCUUGAUGAAGAGACCAUCGUGGCUGCUAGAAAGACAUUGGAAGCAUAUGAUACACAAUUACGACAUUUGCACAAGGAAUUGAAUUUGGUUUCACAAGAAUUUGCAGACUGGGAAGCGAUCUCGAAGGAUCGGGAUAGUGACAUCCCUCGACGGCGUUGA